CCCCUGAACCCAAGACCCUUCCUAACCAUGAAACCCACAGUUGUAUCUGGGAUAACCAAAGACAGUAGUUUUCUCUUUCCUUAACUGGAAAAUUGAAGAGAGGCUCAGAGUAAACUGCAGAGAGAGCGACUGCCAACUGCUGCUUCUUCAGCUGAGAAAGCUACAGCAGAGACAGAAGAAAUACCAAGAACAAACUUUUGUACCCUUUCAGCCCAAUCCUAACCUUUCUCAAUAUAAUCUUUUCUGGAGAAGAACAAAACUACAAUCUGCUGUCAAUAAACUCCAAGGGAAAAAAAGCUUCUUGAGAGAGAUUUGUUUUCUAAGCCGGCUGGACCCUUCACCGUGCCCCACUUAAUCAAUCCUUUUGUUGACAAUGAAUGCUACUGACUCCCUGCUCUCUUCCCAAAGUCUGCUUUCGAAAGGUACAGAGGAAGUAAAUGUUACCUUCCUCUUCAACAACCAGAGUAGCCCCGGAUUCUGUGAGCAGGUCUUCAUCAAGUCCGAGGUCUUCCUGACUCUGGGCAUCAUCAGCCUCCUGGAAAACAUCCUUGUUAUCUUGGCUGUGUUGAAGAAUGAAAAUCUGCACUCUCCUAUGUACUUUUUCCUCUGCAGCCUGGCAGUGGCAGACAUGCUGGUGAGUAUGUCCAAUGCUCUGGAGACAGUGAUGAUUGUCCUCCUCACCAAUGACUACUUGACCUUUGAUGACCAGCUCAUUCAAUACAUGGACAAUGUCUUUGACUCCCUGAUCUGCAUUUCCCUGGUUGCCUCCAUCUGCAACCUCUUGGUCAUUGCCAUUGAUAGAUACAUCACCAUUUUCUAUGCCCUGCGUUAUCACAGCAUCAUGACAGUGAAAAAAGCCAUCACUUUGAUUGGAGCCAUCUGGAUCUGUUGUUUCAUCUGUGGGAUCAUGUUCAUCGUCUACUCCGAGAGCAAGACUGUCAUCGUGUGCCUCGUUACUAUGUUUUUCGCCAUGCUGCUCCUGAUGGCCACCCUCUACGUGCACAUGUUCCUCUUUGCCCGGCUGCACGUCAAGCGUAUUGCAGUGCUGCCAGCUGAUGGGGUCAUGCACCAACAUACCUGCAUGAAAGGGGCUGUCACCAUCACUAUUUUGCUGGGAGUAUUCAUUUUUUGCUGGGCACCCUUCUUCCUCCAUCUCAUCCUCAUCAUCACAUGCCCUACUAACCCCCACUGUAUCUGUUAUACCUCCCAUUUCAACACCUACCUGAUCCUCAUCAUGUGCAACUCAGUCAUUGAUCCCCUCAUUUAUGCUUUCCGGAGCCUUGAAAUGCGCAAGACCUUUAAGGAAAUAGUCUGUUGUUGCAGUGGUAUAGGUUCAGGGUAG